AUGUCCGAUGAAAGACACAAGUCCGAAUUGUGUGAUCUGUUUAAUGAUAUUAUAUCGAAAAUUGAUAAAUUACCUUUACACCCCCGAAACAAAAUUCUUCUAUAUAGUCGCUACUUACUCUCAAAAAUCUCAUGGAACUUAACAAUAACCGAUAUAUCUAAAACUUGGAUUUGCGAAACUUUAGAUAACAUUGCUACUAAAUAUAUUCAAAAAUGGCUGGAACUUCCAAUAUCUGCAACCCUUAGCAAUGUGUAUCUUCCCCAAAACAAAUUUGGUUUGAAUAUUAUUUUGCCUUCGACAAAAUUUAUCCAAUGCCAAACUGUUUCUCGUUCAACUUUAAAAGCGUCUAUAAACGAAGACAUCAACAAAUUAUGGUCAAUAACAAGCACGAACAAGAAUAUUCAGUAUGAUAUAUAUAAAAAUACGAAAGAUGUCUUGAAAGCCUUUAGGAAUGAAAAUGAACAGAGACUACAAAACCACCUUAUCUCACAAGGUUCUUUCUUCUCAAGUAUCAUCAAAAACUCCACGUCAUCAUUCAAUUCCUUAUGGUCAUCCGUUCAAUCCAGACUUCCUAAGAAUAUAUUUAAUUUCACUGCCCGUUAUAUCAACAACUCCCUCCCUACUCAGAAAAACCUGGUCAAAUGGGGUCUGUCAUCGCCUGCCGAUUGUUCCUUUUGCUCCUCUCCUGAGUCACUCCUGCACGUUAUCUCUGGUUGUAAAGCAUACCUAGAUGAAGGGCGAUUUACGUGGCGGCAUAAUUCAGUCCUGAACUUCAUUGCAUCCAGCCCUAUGAGUGCCGAGCGAUCCAAACUCUGCGCAGAUUUGCCUGGCUUUAUUACUCCGUCAGUUAUCACUGGUGAUCAGUUACGUCCAGACCUUCUCUUGGCAAUUGAAAAUAAAGUUUUAUAUGUUUUGGAACUGACUGUUGGGUUUGAAACAAAUCUUACCUCUAACUCAGAUCGAAAACAUAAAAAAUACCUGCCGCUUAUUUCAGAUCAAGAAAGUAACUAUGAUAAG